GCAUACUGCUUUUAACUACGGAGCUCAAGAGAUCGGUUAGAGACGUUCUGAUAGAUUUUUGAUUGAAGUCUAUGUCUAUAUACUUGAAGUUCAUCAUGCCACGUGCACAAAGGAAGAGGAAGGCUGGAGAAGGAAAGACUGGAGAAGGAAAGGCAGCAGCCUCCAAGAAGAUCUUUACUAAGCAGGCAGCUGAACCAAUGGAGUCAGAGACCAGUCAGACCACACCAGAAGCCACUGCUACCACAGCCACUGCUAACAUAGCCACAGCCACUGCUACUAGUACUACAACCACAGUCAAUGCUACCACAGCCACACUCACUGCUACCACAGACACAGUCAAUUCUACCCCAGCCCAGGCAGGGGCAGCUGCUGAUGAAGACCCUGAUGACGAACUCGAGGAGGCCCUGACACAGGACCAGCCAGACGAUGAGGUGCUACUCCCUGGUGAUGACCAACAUGAGGAGGGCCAUGCUGCUGCUGAAGACUCUCACUCUCAGCACCCACACUUGGAGAGGGACGGUGAACAACAGCCUCACAAGAAGUCUCGCCGCAAGGCCCUCCUACUCGACAAUGUCACUCAGGAGCAACUCUUCGAGUGGGUCAGGGAGCACAAACUUUUGUGGAGGAAGGGGGCCACCGACUACAAGGAUACAAAAAAGAAGACGGAGCUUUGGACCAGGAAGGCAAGAGAGCUGGCCAUUGAGGAGGGAGCUGAUGCUCUCAGGACAUGGUGGAAUUCAGUCCGGGACCUCUACGCUAAGCUUCUCUCCAAGAAGUCUGGCCAGGCUGCAGCGAACUUGACAGAGAACUGUUCAUCAAGAUGAACUGCGCCUUCCUAUACAAGGAGGUGAAGCCCAGGAAAUUAAUCGAAAUCGGAUGACAAAUAACAAAGUUAUGGA